CUUCAUGUCUUUCUCCUCCUCCGCCUUCGGCUCGCAGCUCGCAGCCAUCCUGGACGUGCUGGCGAAAGCUGCGGUGGCAGAAAUCACGAAGCUGGUGGAGGACGGGAGCGUUUCUCUGCGGCUGGAGAUGUGUCGAAGGGACGCUGAGAUACAGGAGCUCCGGAGGAAUCUGAAGCUGAUGGAGGCUGAACUCUGCAAAGCCCAAGAAGCUGCCACGACUCGAGUGACGGAGGAGAGAGCAGCAGCCGGGAGCCCGGUCCUCCGGAGAGACAAAAAAGAAGAUCAGGACACCAGUGCCGCGUAUCCUGAAUCCAAAACUGCUGAUUCAUUCUGUGAGGCCCAAAAUGAAACAGACGAGAACAUCGUGCCGGUGGUUAAAUACGAGCCGGCGGAUGAACUUAUCACCACAGAAACGACAGAGAACACGGCGACAGCAGACGUUUGCUUUGAAGCGGGAAGGCGAGACGACUCGAUGUGGCCUCUUCCUGCUUGUAGUGUGUUUGAGAAAAGCUCUGUUGCCUCGCAGCAGCAAAUACAGACUUUCCCUUCUCAUGCUGAGCAAUAUUCUGCUCACAGAAACACAGAAAGUUUGUAUAAUUCUUCAUCAACUGCAACAGAGGAAAUUGCAGAUAAUCGCUUAAGUGUGCCGAUAAAAGUAGAGGUAGAGGUUCGCCCCAUGUGUAUGUUAAACACUGAGUCGGUUCAUAGUGAACAGUUCAGACGGGUGUCUCGUCCGGCGGUCGGUCAGGACUUGCUUUCUGCUUCUCAGCAGGCCGGAUCUUCACAAACUCUGCCCCCAGCUCAGAGGUCCACAGCCGGCAUGUUAACAUCGAACCCUGAAGAUCACAUCCACAGCAGGAACAGCUUGAGAGCAAGAAGGCAAAUGAACGUGUGGAGAUCGAAUCAGAAACUCUUCAUCUGCUCAGUGUGCAACAAGGGCUUCCCCCGCCUGACUCAGCUGGAGGAGCACAAGUCCACCCACCAGCCCUUCAAACCCUUCAGGUGCCUCAAAUGCGGAAAAUCUUUCACCCAGAAGACCCGGCUGAAGACGCACCAGAGCGUCCACACGGGGGAGAGGCCGUUCAGCUGCAAAAUCUGCGGCAAGAUGUUUUCGAGGCAGGACAACUGCCUGAGACAUGAGCGGUUCCACAGCGGGCUGAAGCCCUACAGCUGCCGGCAGUGCGGCAAAAGCUUCACCGUGCUGGGAAACCUCAAAAUACAUCAAGAGAUCCACCUUGCCUUAGAGAUUUCCUGGUGUCUGUUGUGGAAACCUGCCUAUGACUCUUUGUACCUUUGUGCCGUUUGUCUGCACUCCACUUUUGUCGGCUUUAAAGUUGAGCUUUUCUCGCCACUUGUUCGGUUUGUGAUCAUGUCGAGCUGCGUCGCUCUGCGCGCUCAGAUCGCCUCCGUGAUUGACGCCUUGUCCAAAGCCGCGGCGGCACAAAUCGCCAAAGUUGUGGAGGACGGGAUGGUGGUGCUGCGGCUGGAGGUGUGUCAGCGGGACUCCGAGAUCCAGCAGCUGAAGAGCAACAUCGAGCUGCUGCACGGUGAGCUGAGGGCAGCGCAGCAGGCGGUGACCCUGCGACCCGACCACCGCGGCGGACACGAAAGUCGGAGUGGUGCUGGUGAUGAGAGGAACCUGCUUAAUAAAUCUCUCAAGGGCAACCACAUCCUGCCUGGAGCUGAAGUUCAGGUGAAAUGUGAACCUGUGGAAGGUGGAGGUGAGGAGGCCAGAAGGCAGCCUGACAAGCCAAAAGAAGAGCUGCGUCUGUACGAAGGUACGCAGUGGAGGUCGACGACACAAAGCGAGGACGGAUGCAACAACUCCAAUUAUUUGAAUUUAGGGCAGGGCUCCCUGUCGUGUCUCCCUGAGUCUUCUUUGGACAGCGGACUGGUCGUGUCUUGCAGCAGCAGCAGCAGCAGCUCCGGUGGGUUUCAUCAGAGUCCGUUCAGCCGCGGACUGCUGGGUUACAGUCAGUACCGAAGCUCGUACAACACGGUGCGGAGGCGGACUGUGAAGAGGCUGAUGUUUAAGAAGGGCUUCAUCUGCCCUUACUGCGGCAAAUGUUUCGAGCGCGCUGGGCACCUCGAGAGACACAAGAGGAUUCACACCGGUGAGAAACCGUAUCGCUGCGAGAUAUGUGGGAGGAGGUUCAAUCAGAAAUGCAGCCUCAAGGAGCACAUGAAGAUUCACAGAAGAUAUCUUCAGUCGACACCAGUUGAGUUCGAGGUGGGCGAACAGAAGCAGACUCCUGAGGCGAAACCAUGUGUCGAGAUGCAUCAUCCCGAAGGAGAGAGUCAGGCUGGAGAAGUCCUAUGUAAGAACGAGGACAUUCUGCCAACACCUGUACAGGUAAAAUCUGAGCCCAUGGAGGAGAAAAUAACACAACCACUGUUUCACGAGCAGACAAGGGAAGGAUCUGAGAACCUCAGUGAGAAUUUCACAGCGUUUGAGAGAGACGGCCAGCAGUGGAUGUCCAGAUUACAAAACAACCCGGAGUUGGACAGCACAGAGUUUCUUAGCAGCUCAUCGCAGAACAUGACAUCCUACCCGGGGAUGGCUCAGUUACUGCAACCACCAGUCGAGGCUUCCUGCAGCACCUUCUCUUUCCCAGGGAAACCAUUUGGGGAAAACAAAAACCGCAUGAUCUCCCAGACACUUUACGGAUCCUCAGACACACUUAUGAUGUCAAGCGAAGCAGGUUUGCACAAUAUGGCAGAGGCCUCGAUGAAUCACCACCGACAGAGGAGACCCAGGUCCUUUCAGGUGAUCAAACCAAAGAAGUGCUUUGCCUGUUCGUACUGUGGCAAGAUCUUUGAGCGAGCUGGCCACCUCGAAAGACACUUACGAAUACACACCGGUGAGAAACCGUACGGCUGCCACAUCUGCGGGAGGUGUUUCAACCAGAAGAGCAGCCUCAAGGGCCACAUGAAGACGCACAGAAAUGGGGAGAACCCAGAUCUACUGGAGGCGAAUCAGCUGAUGUUUACGAUGCCUGAGAAUCUGGUGGAACCCAAGAAUGGAGUGAUAGCUUUAGAGGAGCAGUUACCAGGUCCUGUGUGCAGCGAGGCAGCUGGAGAUGAAACCGUGACGGUAAAGCUGGAGCCAAACAGGGACGAUCUCCAGAUUCUGGGUCAGGUAGGGACUGAAAGUGGAUCAGGAGCACCGGACCAGAGUCAGCUGUGGACGUCUGGGAUCGAAAAGAGGAGCGAUUCCCCCGAAGAAACUGUCUGUGUACUUUUACAAGAUGUCAAGUAUCACCUCAGUCCUGCUGCUGGAGCCAGUGAUCAACAAGGACACACAUCACCGGUCAAAGACGCACCAUUUCAAGACAACAAAGAAAAGGAAAACAUCAUGCACAAUGAUCAGUAUUCAGUCAUGGAAAUGCAGCCAGGAAGCUCUGAUUUAAUAUUAGCAGCUGAUCAGCACACUACACAUGAGGUGUCUGUGAAUGAUUACAGCACGAUGAACGACGGGACUCAAGAGGGAGGCUUCUUUGAAUUUACAAUGACCGCCUCGGGCGAUCAUGAGGACGGCUGUGUCGGGGACGCCGCCAGACAAAAUAGCUUUAUAUGCGCGAGUUGUGGGCAAAGCUUUGAUAGUUUCAAUAUGUUUCAGAGGCACCAGUGUGAGCAAAUCACAGAGCAAUCCUUCUGCUGCGAGAUAUGUGGUAAGACUUUCAAUCAGAUGACCAUCCUGAAACUGCACCUUAAACUGCACGUGGAGAAAAAUCAUUUGUAAUGUCCGCAACAGGGAAAACACACAAUUAUCAGUCAAACUGCAAGAUGCACAAGAUUAUUUUCUCUUAACAUCCUCAGAAGUUCUCGACAUUCGCCAAAACUUUCAAUGGCUAAAGCUGAGGAGCUAAAUGUUUUGUUUUCCAUUUCUAAUAAUGACUAAUUGUGUUGUUGUUGUUUUUUGCUGAGACAAAACGACUGACCUGUCUGACUUGUGCCACAGUUCUAAGCUCUUGGCGUAGAUGUUCUCCUGCCACUUUAGCCUCCUCCAUCUGUCACUUACCAGAGAA